AUGGAGGAAGCGCGCGUGGUCAGAGGAACGGAAGAAAUGAGUUAUGAGGAGGAGGAUGAGGAGGAGGAGGAGGGACAAGCAUCUCAACCAGACUACGUGACUUUUAGCAAAACCAUUCUCUCCCUAAGUGCCAUAAGACCUAUGAUGAGUGUGUAG